GUAUAUUAGUAUAUGUAUGGUGUUUUCAGAGAAAAACGAGAGAACAAAAAAAAACGCAGUUUUCGCUUUUAUGAAUAAUUCAGUCACGUGACUAGUACGUUCCUACGUCACAAUCACAGAGCUCGUACUAAAAAAAGAUAGCGCUAGAGAUCACUAUUUGAGGACGAAUAUCUACGCCUAUACUGGACCAAUUUUAAUAAGCAAUAUAUAUUUGGAAUCAAUAAGACGGUCGCUAUAUAUUUGGAAUCAAUAAGACGGUCGCUUUUUGAAUUUACCACAAAAAAUAAAAGUAACGUGGGGCGUGUUUACGCACUUUAAUACCGCAGGGUAACUAGGUUUGCAACAUUAUAUUGGCGUAAUACACAACUUAAUUGUUUUCCUCAGCCAAGCAGCGUGUUUAUUAGGUAAAAGCAGGCAUUUACACGUGGAUUCAUUGCAUCAUAAUACAGGGAUUGUUUGACCUGGCAAUUGAUUACGACAUAAUAUUAAUCACACGUUAAUUAUCUGCGUCAUAAUUGCAAUUCACAGGUUGAUUAUUUAGCCGGUAGGUGUUUUAAAACAGGUUUGAAUACGAAUAAAAAAGCAUUAAUUUGACCUUAGGACGUUUGCGCGUGUAUUGCAAGCAUAGUCCAUACGUUCGUCGUAAAGUUGUCUUUACAUUCGCGAAAGAAAAGCGAUGAACAAGACGCUUUUAUUAGGAUUGUACUUGUAUCGGUUAACCGGUUAACGGCUAAACAAAAAAUGAGCAAAUUCACAGCUCUAAUAUUGUGUAUAUGGAAUACUGUCACAAUAUAUUGCGCUUUAAUUUCCCAGCACGCCGAAUAUACUAUAUAGAGGUUACAAAACUCUACGACAAAAGCAGAAGUAACGGGUUUUUUAAAUUUAUGAAGAACCCUGGUCAUAUGGACACCGAGAAGCGGUGAGUUGUUUCAGUUUUACCACGAAAGUCGAACUAUUUUCAGCGUUACAAGUUUCGUAGUAAAAUAACAUCAUACACACAGGCGAAUCUAGCGGUGCUCAGGUUGAGCGUUCGUCUUUUGUUGUACUUUCUAUACGCUCUCAUAACAAAAUCCUUCUAUGACUAAGAGAUUUGUUUUGUAAAGGAAACUACAAUACUGCGACUAAACAUGUAAACCAGCCAUGGGGGCUAAACACUGACUGGUCUAUACAAAGCCAACGCAUCGACUUUCUUCAAUAAAAAGUUAAGUCUAAAAACAAUCUGACCGUUGUGUCGUGACCCAGUUUGAGAAAGUGUAGGCUUCACAUAAAUCGUGCACCUGAGGUUAUACAGUUAUACCAUGGCGUUUACUUUUAGUUACAUAUUAAUUUAGGGAACCAGUAAACACGAUUUCUGUACAAAAUGUGAUAUUAACAUAAUACCUAAUUACCGGCACUUUUAUCUACGAAAGGGGACCUGUUGACUUUAUUGUUAAACGGUAUAUCUCAACUCAAGGGAAUGUUUAUUACAGUAAGAUUUGGAAACAAUCAAGAAGAAAUAUUUAACCCUAAUUGCCAGGUCGUUCACCUUAUUGACGCAAUUAAAAGAAAGUGCGUAGUGAACCUUGAUCAAUGGAUCGACCUUACCGACGAAAGUGGCUUGCUUACCAACAUCAGCUCACAACGAGAUGAUAAAAUUGCGCUUGAUAUUCUUCCAGUGAAGCAAACAUAUAUAUUGGUGGAAAAAAGAGUUGCGAUGACUGAAGGACUUACGUUAUCCGGCACAGAACUGUUAAAAGCUUUUAGGGAGAACCACCGUUCCAAUUCAAAUCCCAGGAGAAAAAAAGGAACCGCCAAAGGAACAGUGAAACCUUUAGCUAAGUUUCACUAUUUCCCCUUAUUGCGAGACAUCUAUUCAUUAUACCCCGACUACUGCAUUUAUAGAACCGCUGAAGAGAAAAAAUCAGCUCCAAAAAAUAGAAAUCGAGAAAAUAAAGCAAGUAGCUUCGCUUACGAUCAGUGGAGUGACGCUAGCUCAUCUUCUCAGAGGAAGUCUGUUGGAUCCCCGACACGUGGUAAAUUGAUCCCACUUCUGCAAAAUACAUACUCGUCACACAAAAACGCUGCCGCAAGAACAAGCCGAAGAGCAACUCUCCUCUAAGAGCAUUAGCUUACUAAAGCAAAGUUUUCCAAAAAAACUUCUGAAAAGUGCAGCACGUAUAGCAUCGUACAAUACCACGCAUUUUUAUAGCAUGUUUUUAUUGGCCUGAAAUUGUGUUUGCGUAUAGUGUAAUGUUUCAAAGAAGUAUACGUUUAAUCAAUCUUAUACAGCCAGCCAAUCGCCCCUUGUCGGCUUCGACUUAACAGGAAAUAAUACCUUCAAACCA